GGUCGUGGCGUCCGAUGAGUGAGAGACAACUAAAAGUUCCCUGAAAACUACCCUCUCUUUCUUUCUUUUUUUUUUUUUUCCCUUUUUCUUUUGUUUCCUUAUAUAUCUGGAUCCCGGGAGGGAAGAAAAACCCCAGGCGAUGAAUACCCUUUCAUGCAUUGGACUUUUUUUGCUUUUUCUAUCCUUCAUUGCUGUGAGAUUUCAAAAACAUCUUCCUUGGCUUCGGCUCAGACGCCGUCCACAACAGGAUGCUUGUUGCGAGGACCUUAAACCCCCACCCAUCAAGGGGAGAGAGAGGUACAGAGUCAUGAUGGAUAUUCGGAAAUUGGACGUCCAGAAUUGGCUCACCAUCGACAAGAACUACAUUGCCGAGCACCAGGUCCGAAGCCAAUUGCUACAACAAGAAAAAUCAAAAGUUCUUCAAUGCCUCCCCGAGUCAUACGAAGCAUGCCUCGAAGCAUUGGAAGAAGUGGUCGAGUUCCUGUGCCAGCGGUUUCCGGACAAAUUCGAACACAAGAGGUCAGGCGACGAGUCAACCGUUCAUAACAGAAUGACGGGGGAAACCUUCGUCUUUGGGGGGCAGAACAGCCUAGUCGAUCCUCUCGAGAUAGCCGUGAGGCUAACCAUGGAAGAUCUUAGCAUCCUGAUGAAGAAUGCGGACGACGAAUAUUACUUGGCCGCCAGCGCAAGUCUCUUUCCGGUGGGGUGGACUGUACAGGAGCGAAUUGGAUGGACAAUCUCCCAGCUUCACAAUCCCGUACCGUUGUGGCAUCAGCAAGUCGCCGCUUCUGUCAGCAAGUUUCUGAACCGCCUCACGCCAUCUUCACCGAUGGAACGAUCCAACUACUUUGUCGAAGUGAAGCGUCCCGAUGAAGACUUGUUCGAAACCCUGUAUCGCCCCACGACGUUGUUGGAGGACAAUCCCAACCCAUCCCCCGAGGAUAUCGUUGUCCGCCGCGAGCGACAGACCUUCCGCAGGCUUCCUCGAACUGGGACACUGGUCUUCGGCGUCAAAACCUUUCUCACCACCUUAGAUGAACUGCCGAUGCAGGAACUGCGAAAUUUAGUAAAGGAGAUUAAGAGCUGGCCUGACUAUGUCGGCGAAUACAAGGGAAGAGAAGUUUGGGGGGCGAAAGCGUUGGAAUUUUGCGAAAAGCGAAGUCGAGAGGAAGAAAAGCUGAAGGAGAAGGGAAGAGAAGCAGAGAUGAUGGAGGUGUAAGUAAAUGAGGGCUGGGAGGUAUGACACUUGUAGCAUUAUUAUUUCCUUUCUUUUGCAUAACGGGCAUUUCAUGGGUGGGUGGCACUAUGGUUGUUUUUUGUUCUUGCUUUCGAAAGCGUUUCUCAAUCUUCGCCUUGUCUUUUGCUUCCUGUUGACGCCUUGAUGCUAUGAGAAUCUUUCCCGACCAUGUACGCUAUAUCCAACUUUAUGUAUGACAGGAUUUAGAUUCUAAACAUCAGAGAAAAGUCCACUGAAAUGUAUGUACAAAUGAAUAUGCAUAUGCCGAAUGUAUAUGCAGAAUAUUAUGAUCAAAAAAGCAAAUUGGACGGUGCUCUUGCUCUAUUCUAUUGCGAG